AUGACAUUUAUUCCAAAUGAUUGCACCGAUAGAGUGUCAGUUGAAAUUGAUAUCGUAUUCAAAGAACAAGUGAUCAAUUGUACCAAAUAUUAUGUCGUUUACAAUAAUAAUAGCUAUUAUGUUGAAGUCGAUGGUAUUACAAGAGAUCACUUACCAAUUGUUAACAGAGACACACAACCAAAACCAGUGGACAGUCGUUUUAAAAGAAUAAUGAUUGGAAAAAAUGCUAUCAAAGAAUACAAAUUUGUUGGACCUCUAUAUCUCUACAAAAUACCGACUGAAAAAGAUAAAUACAAGUUUAUUGGUUUUAAUCAAGUUUGGUUGGGAUGUCCUCAACCAUUGUGUAUAUCUCCCGGUUUUGAUGGUAUCCUAUCAAUGAACCAAUUUUAUGGUUAUCCAUACCAUUACUCGAGAUCAGCAAAAAAUAAUAUGAUUGUAUUAUUUAGAGGCAACUAUUUCUGGUACUAUGACUUUUCUACUGAUAAGCCACCAACGCAUCCACCACUUACUGAUAAUGCCAUCAGAAUAGAUGAACGUUUUGUGGACAGUCGUGCUAUGCGUUAUGUCCUACAAAACCGACAAAACCAUCGAUCAAAACCAAAAGAUUCACAAAAAUAUUAUUUAAACGACUCAAUGGUUGUUCCCACUUAUAUCGAUAGUGACGAUGAGUUUGUAUGCUAUGAAUGGCAGUCAAAAAUUUCAAAACGACUUAAAAGGUGA